AUGUCUUUUUCUUUCUUUCCCUCUUUCUUUCCAUCUUUCUUUCUUUCUUUCUUUCUCUUUAUAAUAAUCAUUCAGUCCAAAAACUUCUUUCUUUUGCUGUUACCUACCCAACCCUUCUCUCACCCCUACCAUCUUCUCUCCUUAUUAUUGCCCCCAGAGAAAAUUCACGCCAUACUUAAUUUUCUUUUUUGUCGUUGCAAGGCGGAUAAAGAAAACGAAUGUAUACUCACCUACAUUCUCUUCUAUUACUGUUACGCGAUUCCUUUUAUAAUCUAUCUAUCUAUCUAUCUAUCUAUCUAUCUAUUAUCUAUUAUCUAUCUAUCAUCGAUUCUCUAUCUAUCUCAUCUAUCUAUGGUAUCUAUCUAUCUCAGUAAAUUCUUUAUCUAUCUAUCUAUCUAUCUAUCUAUUUCUAUCUAUCUAUCUAUCUAUCUAUCUAUCUAUCUCAGUCGAUUAUCUAUCUAUCUAUCUAUCUAUCUAUCUAUCUAUCUAUCUAUCUAUAUAUAUAUAUAUAUAUAUAUAUAUGGUUCUGAAAAGGCGUUUAAAAAAUUCGUUCAUUUCUGUUACAAAAAUGUCUUAUUUACUUCAAAGGAAAAAUCUAUCUAUAAAUCUAUCUAUCUAAAAUCUAUCUAUCUAUCUAUCUUUUAUCUAUCUCCAAAAAUUCUGUUGAUAUCUAUCUAUCUAUCUAUCUAUCCAUAUCUAUCUAACUUGAACAACUCAUUCUAUCUAUCUAUCUAUCUAUCUAUCUAUCUAUUUUCUAUCUUUAUCUAUCAACAAUGCUCUCUCUAUCUUUUCUGCCUGUCUCCAUUUCUCUCAUUGUUUCUCUCUCUUUUAUUCUUUGAACUCUCAUUCUGUUUCUCAUUUUUCUCUCAUCAAAAUUUCGACAUCUCUUUUAUUCUGUUUCUCCCUCAUUUUAUUUCUCUCUUCUCUCAUUCGUUCUCUCUCUCUUCUUUCUUCAAUAUGUCCGUUUUUGGCUCUGGGGGCAAAAUUUGUGUGCUCGUACUUGAAUUCUUUGACAUAAUUCCUUGUAUCUUUUGCAUUUUCUUCCUCAAUCGGAUUAUUAGUUCUUAUACCAUCUAUGAAGUCCAAAAAUUAUGUCAUCGCAUUCUCUAUGUGAGUUCUCUCUCUAUCUUUUUUUUUCUCCAAAACAAAUCGCAUAAAAAUAUUUUCUCUCUUUCAUUUUCCCUUCGUUUCCUUUUUUUAUUUCUCUUUAUUAGUCACCAUCAAUUCAUUAGGCAAUCAUCGUGCUCAUCUCUAUAUAUCUUCUUUUUCUCCUCUCUCCCACUUCGUCUCCAUCUUUUUCAUCCUUUGCCCCGUCACACAGACAUACGUUUUCUGUCAAUCCAACACACACUCUCUCUUUCUCUCCCUCUUCCCUCUCUCUGUUCAAUGAAAACAAACAUUUUGAUCCCUCCCGUGCGUUUCAACUCGCCCCGACUCCCAAAACACGACUUUAUCUUACUUUAUAACUACCGCCCACAAUGA